UGUCGAGAGCCCACCCUGUGGCAACACUAGAAGUUUGCUUUCGAGCGUCAUUAGUAGUUCUGAACCCAAAUCGCUAUUGCUAUAUAUCUCCCAUAUCAUAUCUAAUCCGAUUGCAAGUGCGUGGCGUGAGGGCACAGGAAAUAUCCCGGUGAAUACGGGAAGAGUGUCCACCAGAUCCGAGCAGCUGAUCAAGAAACAAAGGAACCCCAACAGCAAGUACGGGUACAAGCGAGACGGGGCGAGACUAGAAGAGCGAGAGGGGAAGAGAAAGGUGGGGAGGGAGCGGACGGAAGAGAAGCACAAUGGGACGCAUUUUUCUGGAACACCUCGGCGGGCUAAAGCUCUUCAAUUGUGCCCAGUGCCACACAAACCUGACCAACCGCAGCCAACUGAUCAGCACCCGAUUCACGGGCGCAACAGGACGCGCCUAUCUGUUCAAACGGGUCGUAAACCUGACCUUCAGCAAUAUCCAGGAACGGGUUAUGCUCACCGGACGACACAUGGUGCGCGAUGUCAUGUGCAAGAACUGCGGCGCCAAACUGGGCUGGAUGUACGAGUUCGCCACCGAGGAGUCUCAAAAAUACAAGGAGGGUCGCGUGAUUCUGGAGUACGCCCUGAUCACAGAAGCGGAGGGCUUUCCGUCGGAGGCCCCCACCACGAGUCAUUGAACGGAGAAGCUCCCAGCCGGAAAACGAAAACCACGCAUUGGCGAACCGUGUGUAGCCCUAAGUAUUGAGUAGAAAGCCGCAGGCGAUGGCUUCUAUGCAUUAAACCUAGUUAAGAGAUCGCCGUAGUCAGCAGGCGAGUCAGCACCAAGUCCAGUAAACCGGUUGCACGUCAUCCGGCACGGAGGACUCGCCAGCGGCCCAUGGUCUUAACGUGACUUAAACGUAAUUGUAGGCACAUCUAGCACGUAAGCAGCUGCGGCGUCCGAUUCUACCAUUUAACUACUACUGUCAUGAGGCUGAAGUGCUAAAAGAAAGAGAUAUUUCCUGUUACGUUGCCCUGCUCCGCAGAACCGCAACUGAUCCACACUUGUGUCUUUUGAAACAACAAGAUCUCUAGACCGUAAUCAAUCACCAAUCAAUCAAUCAGCAAUAAAGUAACACAAUUAUCGAAUAGUA